AUGCCCAAUGGGAGUCUAGACAAAUUCCUCUUUGAUAAAACAACAACAAAGACAACGCUGAGUUGGUGUCAAAGAUUCCGAAUCAUCAAAAGCAUCGCAGCCGUGUUAUUGUAUUUGCACGAAGAUUGGGAACAAGUUGUGGUUCAUAGGGACUUAAAGUCCAGUAAUGUCUUGUUAGCUAAGGAGCUAAAUGGAAGAUUAGGAGAUUUUGGGCUUGCAAGAUUAUAUGAUCAUGGAACUGAUACUCAAAUCACCCAUGUAGUAGGGACACUAGGUUAUCUUGCAUCAGAAGUUAGUAGGACUGGCAAAACAAACCCUAGUGUGGAUGUGGGGAGCAUCCUUGAUACAGUGGACACAAAAUUGGGGAUGAAUUAUGUAUUGGAGGAAAUGGAGCUGGUGUUAAAACUUGGAUUGCUUUGCUCCCACUCUAUUCCAACUGAAAGGCCUCAAAUGGCAGAAGUUAUGUGCUAUUUGAAGGGAGAAGUUCCUCUACCAAAGCUGAGAUUGCUAGGCCUACGAAUAGGUUUUGGCGAUGUCUCUAUUCACGAAUUCCUAUUUGCUGGAUUCGAUCCAAGUUUGGGUCUAAUUGACUAUUGUAGAUCUUUUAUUUUGAAGGGAGCCAAUUGGGGGAAAUUAUAUUCCUCCCCUCUUUAUAAGGAGGAUAAUUAUGGAAAGGAUCGAUGGGAUAUUCCUGGAGAUGCUAAUGUGGACAAAUGCUUGAGACAUGAUUCCUUGAUUUAUGGAGUUGAUUAUGAAGACACAUUGGAGGCUAACCUAUCCAAGCAAGUUGCUCAAUCGGCCUAUUUCAAAAACCAAGCUACAGUGAAUAAGGAACCUUCUUAUAUAUCUUCAAUUGCCAUUGCUCUUCCUCUUUCAUCAAAACAAUGUGGAGAAACCAUUCCCAAAAAAUAUUCGGCUUAUUUCAAGGGAGCUGAGGACAUUGUAGAUUCUGUUAGCGAGGAGGUGACCAAUCAAGAUUAG